AUGCCUACAUGGAAUCAAAUACAAACACAACUCAGAAAUCCAAAUAAUCCAGUUGUAUUCUUUGAUAUUACAGUCGGCACAACUGAAAUUGGCCGCAUGAUAUUUGAACUUUUUGCUGAUGUUGUACCAAAGACAAGUGAAAACUUUAGAGAAUUCUGCACAGGUGAAUACAGAAGAGAUGGUGUUCCACUUGGUUUCAAAGGAGCAACUUUUCAUAGAGUAAUAAAAGACUUUAUGAUACAAGGGGGAGAUUUUGUUAAUGGUGAUGGAACAGGUGUGAUGAGUAUUUAUGGAGGAAGUACAUUUGCUGAUGAGAACUUCGUAGUGAAACAUGAUUCCCCAGGAUUAUUAUCAAUGGCAAAUAGUGGGAAAGACACUAACGGCUGCCAGUUCUUCAUAACAUGUGCCAAGUGUAAUUUCUUAGACAAUAAGCAUGUUGUGUUUGGAAGAGUUAUAGACGGUUUAUUAGUCAUGAGGAAAAUUGAAAAUGUACCCACAGGACCAAACAAUAAACCCAAAAUACCAGUAACUAUAUCACAGUGUGGACAAAUGUAA